CUCGUAUUUGUUCAAGGCAAUUGAGGCUGCCUCACAAUUCCCCUUCUCAUCCUCCUCCUCUAACAAGGGUUUGGACAGUCUUUUUUACUCUCGUUCAUAUUCUGGAUCAGAUCAGAAUGGCAGGGAGGACACAGUUCUUGAGGGAGUACAAACUCGUUGUUGUCGGCGGUGGUGGUGUCGGAAAAUCUGCUCUGACGAUUCAGUUCAUUCAGAGCCACUUCGUGGACGAAUACGACCCCACCAUCGAAGAUUCGUACCGAAAGCAGUGUGUGAUUGACGACGAGGUCGCUUUGUUGGAUGUUCUGGAUACUGCUGGACAGGAGGAAUAUGGUGCCAUGCGAGAACAAUACAUGCGUACCGGCGAAGGUUUCUUACUCGUCUACUCCAUUACGUCAAGAAAUUCGUUCGAGGAGAUUAGCACAUUUCACCAACAGAUCCUACGGGUAAAGGACCAAGACGCAUUCCCGGUGGUAGUUUGUGCCAAUAAGUGUGACUUGGAGUAUGAGAGACAAGUCGGCAUGAAUGAGGGUCGCGAUCUCGCAAAACACUUUGGCUGCAAGUUCAUUGAGACUUCUGCCAAACAGCGAAUCAAUGUAGACGAAGCUUUCAGCACACUCGUACGUGAAAUUAGGAAAUACAAUAAGGACCAACAAACCACUGGUCGAUCCAUGAUGGCAGGUCCCGGAGGAGGCCCGCCGGGAACUUACAUGGGUAAAGAUCCAAGUGAGGGGGAAUCAACGGGAUGCUGUCCUGGCUGCGUGGUUCUAUAAUCAUAAUCAUAAUCGUGCCCUCGUUCCUGUCCCUUCCCGCAUGUCCUGAAGUUCCUUUUUUUGUUGGUAAAUUUUUUCAUACAUUACUUUCCAUACUUAUCCUCUCGCUUACGCCUUACAUGACAAUUGCAAUUAACUCCCUAUAAGCAUUUCAAGAGACACCCAUGCUCUUACUACCUGAUGAAAGCUACAUAUUACUGGUAGAUUACAUGUCAUGAUCCUUCACGAGAUUUUCCUUGAUCAUUCAGCUCCUCUUCUACAAUCAACGCUUCAGUUCUAGUGUAUAGAUUAGCGACCGGAACUGACCAGCAACUGACUUCGUAUUCGGCCAGGACUGAAUAUAAUAUUCUUUUACCUGACG